CCCUCUUCACACACACUCUCUCCAUUACCAUAGUUCCUUGCUCCUUUCUCGGAUCUCUCACACACCCUUUUAUCCUUUUCUCCUUCUCUUUUGCAUUCUCCGUUCAAGUUCUUAUCUUUUCUCUGUUUUCAAAAGCUGUUUGUGGAUUCCUUUUAUUCUCCAUUAUUGUGAUGUUGAUUCAAUUUUGAACCUUUUAAUUCCAUCUACACUCUUUGUUACCUCAAAGUUUGUAUCUUUUCGUGUUGAACACUCGAAUCCCGCGUGAUUUGUUGGUAAAAGAUGGCAAUGAUUAUGCUUCAUGGGACUCUCCAUGCUACAAUUUACGAAGUCGAUACGAUCAGUGGUGCCUCGGGUGGAAAUCUUUUUACCAUGAUCAGGCAAAAUAUUGAGGAGACUGUUGGUAUUGGAAAGGGAGCUCCAAAAAUCUAUGCAACCGUUGAUUUAGAGAAAGCAAGAGUGGGAAGGACUAGGAAAAUACUGAAUGACAUAAUCAGAGCAUAUGUGCCUGUGGAGGAGGUCUUGCAGGGUGAGGAGAUUGAUAAAUGGGUUGAAAUAUUGGAUGUGCACAAAAAACCAGUACAAGGUGAUUCAAAGAUCCAUGUGAGGCUGCAAUACUUUGAUAUCAAGAAAGAUCGAUGCUGGGGUCGAGGCAUUAGGAGUCCUAAGUUUCCUGGAGUUCCCUAUACCUUCUUUGCACAAAGACAAGGAUGCAGGGUAUCUCUGUACCAAGAUGCUCAUGUGCCUGAAAACUUUAUCCCCAAGAUUCCACUUGCUGGAGGCAAGACUUAUGAGCCUCACAGGUGCUGGGAGGAUAUUUUUGAUGCAAUCACAAAUGCAAAACACUUGAUAUACAUUACUGGUUGGUCUGUUUAUACCGAGAUUUCCUUGGUAAGGGAUUCUAGGAGGCCAAAGGCCGGUGGAGAUUCGACACUCGGCGAGCUUCUUAAGAAGAAGGCAAGUGAAGGUGUUAAGGUGUUGAUGCUUGUUUGGGACGAUAGAACAUCGGUUGGUUUGUUGAAAAAAGAUGGAUUGAUGGCUAGUCAUGAUGAAGAAACAGCACAGUUCUUCUCUAACACUCAAGUAAACUGUUGUUUAUGCCCCCGAAAUCCUGAUGAUGGAGGUAGCAUUGUUCAGAGUUUCCAAAUUUCUACCAUGUUUACUCAUCACCAGAAGAUUGUUGUUGUGGACAGUGAGAUGCCAGGUAAAGGAACACAUAUGCGAAGGGUUGUGAGUUUUGUUGGGGGUAUUGAUCUUUGUGAUGGAAGAUAUGAUACAGCAUUCCACUCACUCUUCAGAACCUUAGACACAGCACACCAUGAUGAUUUUCAUCAACCUAACUUUCCUGGUGCGGAUAUCUCAAAAGGCGGUCCUAGGGAGCCUUGGCAUGAUAUCCACUGCCGGCUCGAAGGGCCGGUAGCUUGGGAUGUUUUGUUUAACUUUGAGCAGAGAUGGAGGAGGCAAGGUGGAAAGGAUGUACUUCUCCAUAUGAGAGAGCUCGAAAAUUCCAUUGUUCCCCCCUCCCCUGUGAUGUUUCCUGAAGAUCAUGAGACAUGGAAUGUUCAGUUAUUCAGAUCAAUUGAUGGUGGUGCUGCUUUCGGUUUCCCUGAUAGUCCUGAAGAGGCUGCCAAAGUAGGCCUUGUUAGUGGCAAGGAUAACAUCAUAGACCGUAGUAUUCAAGAUGCUUAUAUCCAUGCCAUUCGUCGUGCCAAGAAUUUCAUCUAUAUUGAAAAUCAGUACUUCCUUGGAAGCUCUUAUAACUGGAAGCCUGAGGAUAUUAAGCCUGAAGAUAUUGGUGCUUUACAUCUAAUUCCAAGGGAGCUUUCCCUUAAGAUUGUUAGUAAGAUUGAAGCCGGGGAACGAUUUGCUGUGUAUGUUGUGGUCCCAAUGUGGCCGGAAGGUGUGCCGGAGAGUUCAUCAGUUCAGGCUAUAUUGGACUGGCAAAGAAGGACAAUGGAGAUGAUGUACAAGGACAUUACUGAGGCUCUCCAAGCCAAGGGUAUUGAGGACGAUCCUCGGAACUAUUUGACAUUCUUCUGCCUUGGUAAUCGCGAGGUGAAGAAGGAUGGAGAGUAUCAGCCUUCUCAAAAACCAGAGCCUGGUUCGGAUUAUGAGAACGCCCAAAAUGCGCGCCGCUUCAUGAUUUAUGUUCAUACCAAGAUGAUGAUUGUUGAUGAUGAAUACAUAAUUAUCGGAUCAGCCAACAUCAACCAAAGAUCAAUGGACGGUGCGAGGGACUCCGAAAUUGCCAUGGGAGGUUACCAGCCUUACCACUUGGCAACCAGGCAGCCGGCGCGUGGCCAGAUCCAUGGUUUCCGAAUGGCAUUGUGGUAUGAACACCUUGGCAUGCUUCAUGACUCAUUCCUGAGGCCAGAAAGCAAAGAAUGUAUCAGCAGGGUGAACAAAGUUGCUGAUCAGUAUUGGGAUCUCUUCUCUAAGGAGUCACUUGAGCAUGACCUUCCCGGCCACCUGCUCCGAUACCCGAUCAGCGUUGCCAGUGAGGGACACAUCACAACUCUUCCUGGAUUCAAAUGCUUCCCGGACACGAAAGCGCGAAUUCUUGGCGCCAAAGCAGAUUACCUGCCCCCUAUCCUUACUACUUAGUUUCCUUUUCUUACCAUGUUCAAAACAAGUUUAUUGCUUGCAUUCUAAUCUUCUUAUGUUAGAGUAAUAACCUUAAUGUAGCAUUUCAUGUCUU